AUGCAGUUCGCCGGCGCAGCGAACACCUGCGCCGCCACCGAGGCGGCGAAGCCGUUCUGGAUCGUCGCGCGGCAGAGCGGCAGCGUGCGGCGCGACAUCCCCAUCUUCGCGACGAGAGAUCACGCCAUCGCGCUCGAAGCCGAGGGCCCCGGGAGCGUGACGCGGCGCGACUUCUCCGAGGGCAUCUUCCUCCUCGACAACGUGCUUCACGCGGGCGAGUGCGACGCCAUCGUCGCCACGUCCCAGGCCAUGGGCUACACGGAGGACGCGCCCGUGUCCCUGGGCCGCAACGUCCGCCGCAACGAGAACUGCGUCUGGAUCGUCGACGACGCGCUCAACGACGCCGUCUUCGAGCGCGCGCGGCGCAUGCUGCCGCCGAUGAUCCUGCUCCAGACGCGGAGCGGCCAGGACUUCCCCGUGGGGCCCGUCGCGGGCCUGAACCGGCGCUGGCGGCUCUACCGCUACGGCGCGGGCGACGUCUUCAAGUUCCACACGGACGGCGGCUGGCCGGGCAGCGGCCUGGACGCCAGCGGCGCGCUGGUCCAGGACCUCCACGAAGGCCGGCGCUACUCCUGGCUGACCUUCCUCAUCUAUCUCAACGACGACUUCGUCGGCGGGCAGACCAAGUUCGCGCUCGACGGCCGCGAGGCGUUCGCCGUCGCGCCGAAGAAGGGGUCCGUGCUCUGCUUCCUGCACGGCCACCACCCCCUUUCUCCCCUGCACGAGGGCGGCCUCGUCACGGAGGGGACCAAAUACGUCGCGCGCACGGACGGCCCGGCGGAGCCGGCCCGCCUCGCGCUCACCAUCGGCAACAUUGACUUCGAGGACAAGCGCGUGAGCGGCGACGAGAUGCGGGCCAUGCGCGCCGCCGGCGAGCUCAAGGGCGGCGGCCAGGUGCCGCAGCUCGAGGUCGACGGCGAGGUGCUGUCGCAGUCGCAGGCCAUAACGCAGUUCUGCGGGCGCCUCGCGGGCCUGUACCCGUCGGACCCGUGGACGGCCGCCAAGGUCGAGGAGGUCAUCAUGAUCGUGAACCAGGACAUCCGCGACCGCUGCAUCGCGCCGACGAUGCGCGAGCAGGACCCGGAGAAGAAGGCGGCCAUGCGCAAGGAGCUCUCCGACGCGAAGCUGCCCGAGAAGUUCGCGUUCCUCGAGGCGCUCGUGCAGCCUAGCGGCUACAUGGUCGGCGACUCCCUCACCAUCGCGGACCUGCACGUCUACGUGCUCAUGAACUGGAUCGGCAUGAAGGUCCUCGACGGCGUGGACCCGGUCUGCGUGCUCAACGCGGCCAAGCUCAAGAACCUCUGCUCCGUGCUCAACGACCACCCGGCGAUCAAGGCCUGGAACGAGCAGAAGAACGCGGGCAAGGUGCCCUGGUUCUAGGUCGCGCGCGAGGAGGGGGGAAGCACCACUGAGAUUUCCUAUCC